UCAAGGAGGGCCCAGUCUCCACUCAUCCACUGAGCAGAGAGGACUGACUUCCCGCCCGCCGGUUGCUCACACCACCUUGUACGCAACUCAAACAAGCAUUUUACCUUUACUGACUUACCGAUUCACCGCCACGCCCUCACCAUCCACCGGCCGACGUGACACAUUACCGCGGGGCUCACUGUCACUGCCUGGCGCCUGUAGAGGACCUGCCAAACCGCUACUGCAACUGUCACCUGUAAUAUCCUUCAUUUACAUCAGUUCAACCAGUCGGAAACAUAGGAUUAGAUCAAGAUAUCCUACAAGCGCCUGUUUGAAGCCCGGCAUCCUAGUAGCGGUGCCAGCAAGCGUCCUAUCGAUUUGGGCUUUGCUCCUGCCUGACAGCGCCCCUCGCAGUGUCCACUACUUCUUCAGUGUGGCCCGGCCCUCUUGAUUCGCGCCCUCAUGAUGUGUGCAUUCAUGACUCCCGUCCUUAAGAAUGACUGGGAGAUUUAUAAGACGAAAACCAAGCGGUCCAGGAACAAUUCGGAAAGCUCAGCGGUCUCAGCGCCACCCAGCCACCGAUCUCGGCCUGCCCACUCUAGAAGGCGCGGCAUCGGAGACACAGGACGUAGCUUCUCCUACCACGCCCCGUCAAUGCACCACCGCGGGGACAUGAUGCUCGCGGGCUCACCUCCGCGGGCGUAUCACAUGUCCACUAAAAACUCGAGAUGUGCCUCCAGGACUUCGAUGGAACCACACUCACCAGGGACCACCAGCCCGCCAAUCAGCCCGCUGGCCACCAACUCCUCCAACGGCGUGCCUCGGCAUAGCCCCCCGAAGAGCCCCUCCUCAGGCUCCCUCUCCAAGUUCCACAACAAGGUGAUGGACAAACUGAAAACUGUCCUGCACCUGAAGGAAAACCACCAUGAGGACGAGGAGCAGCAGCAGGAGGACACGCGGGGGCAGUCAUGAGCCGCGAGGAGGAGGUGGACCUGGGGUGGGAGGGAAUGACAGCAACAAUAGCGCGCCGACCAAUGCUCUCUGCUCUCUUGGCGCGGUUUUGAUGCCUGAGUACCGCUCACUUGGCGCGCUUCCGAGAUGAUACGUAGCUACUUCAUUACUCUAUUGUUCUUGUACGUACUAUAUGCUAUGUGUGGUCUAGAAAGGAAGCAAGUCUGGCUGUUAAUGAGUGAAAAGCAAGAGGAACAUGUGGUAAAAAUUUAAUUCAGCAAGAUUUGUCUGAAUAAGUUAAGGAAUCCUACUUUCCAAAACAGGUAUAUGCAGUCUGUCUCUGAAUGGAUGAGAAGAAAAGUGUUUUAGAUGAUGUGUGAACAAAUUAUACAUGACAUUAUAUAAGUGAGUUGUUGAAUGGUCAAGGAAACCUGCAAAGAUGUGAAAGAAAAUUAUAGUUUUGUCUUUGAAUGAGUGAAAAGAAAAUUUUUGCAAAAAAAGGGAAAAAAUGUGAUAAGAAAUGACACUUGAUGAAUGUGUUUCGUUGAAAAGGACAGUGUGUUUGUGAGAAAGGACAGCUGUUUGUUCUGAGUGACUGACUGAACGCUUGAAUUGUGUUACACGAGUCAGAGGAAAAAAUACCGUGAGAUAUGUUACGUGGAAAAUGAAUCAUGGUCUGUUUGAUUAGAUGGUGGUGAUAGUAAAAUUCACGAACUUUUUGAGUGGACAUAGUGAAUUAUGACCAGAAGGUAUAUUUCUAAAGGCAACAAUGAAAAAAAAAGGAAACGUUAUUGAUAAACACAACGACAGACUUGAAAAAAUUAACAAAGAACUCUAAUCUGGACAUUUGGCAGUUGGAAUUUUGAGAUGAAGAAGUCAAGAAAUAAGUUAAAAAUAACACCAGGAAAGUACUCAGAUUCGGACAUUUGGCAACUAGAAUUUUGAGAUGGUGAAUAACGUACGAGAAAAGAAAACGAUGACAAUAAGAAAUCCUGAAAAAAAAACUAAGAUCAAGCAAGAAGAAAAAAUUGGAAGCUAAGAAGACAGUAAAACAGAAGAGGCUAAGAAAAAAAAAAGAAAAAAGAAAAUUGUAAUGUCUUAGGAAAAUACAACAGAGAGAAUCCAAGACACGAAAACAGAAGACGCCAAUAAAAGAGACAAAAAAGAAAAUUGUAAACCUCUCAGGAAAACACAACAGAGAGAAUCCUAACCUUUACUCGGUGUCUACAAGUUAUCAAGCAAAGAAAUCAAAAGAAGUUCCUGUAAAUGACUUCACAUCAAAAGCACACCAUCCUUUGCUAUUGCUUUGACACUAGAGAAAGAAAAAAAAUAGAAGAAAAGGGGAUUUAAAGUAUAUCAUAGCCGCUCAGCAUAACCAUUACCUCUAUUUAUAAGGCCAUUGAUUUUUACAGUAGCAUAUGACCCCAGUUGUGAAGGCUGGAGGUGUAUAAUGAUAACAAUGAUACUUUUAGCUAUUGUUGAACUAAAACAUACAUAAUAAUGGUAGUAAUGGUAGAAGUUUGAUUGGGUUCAUAAUACUAGUAACAUACCACCUGAGAAUACUAUUUUUGUUAUUGUUUUCAUUAUUUAUGCGAGUAUAUCGUAAAAGAUUCAAAUUUUUUUGGAAUAUUGUGUGUAUGUAUGAAAUGCGACUUGUUUUCUUUCUUUCUAUUUUUUCUUUUAUGUGCAACGAUGUCUACUACGGAUUCUUCUCUCUCCUUUUUAGUAUUAGUACCUUUUUAUUACAUAGUCCUAAGUCAUUUGUAUUCACUAUUGUAGUUUAAGUUCAAAAAUUUCUUCCCUUAUCUUUCUUUUCCUUUGUAUUGUAUGGACUCUCACUUUUAUGUAUCACUCGUAACGUCAUUAGUGGUUGAUAAUUCAGUCUCAUGUACGAUAGAGUGCGAGGAAACCCUUAAUGAAAUCGUAGCGUUCGAUAAUGUCUGGGUUUCUGUACGAUAACAUGCGAAGAUAGUGCGAGUUUAUUGCUAUGGAAGGAACGACGUGUGUACUGGUAGCCUUCCAUGAACAUUCCUAUUUCCGUGUGCAAAUUUGUCAUGUCAUGUCCUCGUGUCCGCAGUGUUCAAAAUGCCUCGUGUCUGCAGCACUUAGGAUUAAAUGGUUCAAAUAGCCUUUUCUUUUUUCACAUAGCUUCAAUCUCUCUCUCUCUCUCUCUCUCUCUCUCUCUCUCUCUCUCUCUCUCUCUCUCUCUCUCUCUCUCUCUCUCUCUCUCUCUCUCUCUCUCUAUGAUGCAAGUACAACUGUCUAAGCUUCUUUGUUCUCACAUCUUGAGUCAUUUUGUGAGUGAUGUGUGUGUGUGUGUGUGUGUGUGUGUGUGUGUGUGUGUGUGUGUGUGUGUUUCUGGAAUCAAGCGUAAUAUAAAGUUUAGCCGAGUCCUUGAAUGGCGCUAUAAUGUCUUGUUUUACAUGUUGAGGAUUUUGGGGACGUAGUGAUAGUUGGAAGAGUACUAGAAGUAAUAUUUUUCGCGAUAUGCAACGUACUUUUGAGAGAGAAGUUUUAGUGUUAGUUUUUUUUUUUUUUAUAUCUAAAGCUGAUAUUUUUGUAGCUAGUGUCAGUUUUUUUCCAGUUUUUGUUUCUGUAGUUUGUCGCCACUUAGAAACUUUUUUAUACGCGUCACCAAUUUUUUUUUUUUCUCUCUCUCUGUCGUAGCUUUAUGAAUGGUAAUGUUUGAAAUUCACCGUGAAGUCUCCUCUGUUGCCGCUUCCUUUCACCGCUACUCGUUCAAAUAACAUGUUUCAAAACCCUAAACAUCUUUAAUGGCUCUUCAAACCUAGCGAAUCCUUUACUCACUCAAUUUGCACUGUUCUGUCGUAGAAAAAAAAAAAAAAAGUAUGUAUGUACCAUUUACUAGGAAGAAACAAUAGAUUAUAGCAAACCUCGAUCUUUACGCCGUGCCUACAUCACAGAACGGUUGCCUGAUGUAUAAUAACUGUCGUGGCUUAACUUUACACAACGCCAUUCGGAGGGUGAAAGAUUGAAGUAGUGGCGGAAAGUAGAGAAUAUUACAAAGAAUGAAAGAUUGAAGUAGUAAAGAGCUAGAGAGAGGUAAAACAAAAGAUAGGAUUAGCCAUCUAUUUGAGUACUACUGAUGAAAAGAUUGAAAUAUUUAUGGAGAGUAGAGAAUAUUAGAAAGAAUGAAAGAUUGAAGUACUAAAGAGUUAGAGAGAGGGAAAACGAAAGAUAGAAUUAGUCAUCUAUUUGAGUACUACUGAUUAAAGACAAAUAUUUAUGCUAGAAAAAAAAAGUAAAAUAUUAGUUAAAACGGAAAGAGCAGUGAAACGUCAAAUAAUCGAUAUAUAUUUAAGUUUCAAAGGAGAAAGAAAAAUAUAAAAUUGUAGAACAGGUAUUAGAGUUAAAAGACAGAGAACUUGAAUACUUAAUUAAUCAAGAUAUAUUCAAGUUGGAAAUGAGGAAAAACAAAACGGUAAAAUGCUUAAAUACAAAAAAAAAAACUAUAAAUAUUCAAUUAAUCAAGAUACAUUCAAAUAGAAAAGGAGAAAACACAAAACUGUAAAACGCUGAGUGAGUGGAAGAAAGAUUGAACCGGUAAAAGAAAAGCAAAGUAUAGAAAGUACCUGAGAUACUACACAAUGGCCUUCACGUGUCUGGCAGAGGACAGCAGGGAGGGAAAGACGCGUUUGAUUAGAUAUCGUUCGCUCAAGAUAUAGACAGACAGGCGUCACUACUUGUUCCCUUGCGUCAUAGUUCAGUGAAGGACCAAGAAUGUUUAAGUGUCUGUGGCGUUAUCAAGACUACCUCCCACCCUCUCGGUAUCUCAUUGCUAUCCAGUCCCUUUUUCAGACUCAGUGUUUGGGCAGUGGUGAAAUGUUUUCCAGGUUUUCUUUCCUUAAUCUCAAAUUUUCAUUUUUCCAUAUAUUUUCCAAUCUUUAUCAAAUUUUCACUUCGAUGUCUUUUCUAAUCUAUUUUAUCUCAUAUUUUCACUUUCCUUCCUUUAUUUGUCGUAUUUAUUGCUUGCCUACUUAGAUACUUGUAUACUGUUUUCUUCCUCUUCUCUUUCACCUUGCUUUGAUAGUUUUAUCCGUUUUCCUCCCUUACUGAUCACACUAAUUCCUUUCCUUUAGCUGCUUCUUUUUAUCAGUAGUUAUCUCCGUCUCCUUUCUUUUCGAUUUUCCUUCCUGUCUCAAGUUUAUCUGCGUCUUCCGCUUGCUAGUUACAUUACAGUCUUUUAUAUACUAUGAAUCCAUUUUAUCAUGACAUUACUCGUGUCUGGACUGGAAUUAACAAUAGUCCAACAACAAUAAGAACAACAACGUCACUGUUCAAACACACCCUCGUAAUUUCUUAAAAGAUGUUGGUGCCAAAAAGUCUGCUGAAGUGUUAGUUAAAUAUUGUAUAGUACUGUUUUAAAACGUAUCUUCAGGAUAGUAGCAGCUGUAGAAACGUGUCAUGAUGCAAACUAAACUGCUUAUGUAAUGUAAUGUAAUGUGUGUGUGUGUGUGUGUGUGUGUGUGUGUGUGUGUGUGUGUGUGUGUGUGUGUGUGUGUGUCAUUGAAACACGCAUGCAUCCCAUCAGUCUGUAAGUCGGCCUAAUAAUAAGUCUUCUGCGUAUACCCUUCGCGUUUUCUCCUCCUCCUCCUCCUCCUCCUCCUCCUCCUCCUCCUCCUGGCCGAUGUUAACAUGAUUGGUCUGAUGGUUCGAUUAAUGAGUUCCUUCAAAAUAACUAUUGAAAAGUGCAAUUUAUUUCUUAUAUCUCCAAAAAUACAAAAUAAAAGGGAUCACAUGAAGCUCAGCCACCUUCGCUAUUUCUUGGAGUAGUUCAAGUUAGAUUAGGUAAAUUUUUUCCCUGCCCAAACAUUUUAAUGCGUGAAGGAAGCAUGUCAAGGGCUUGAUGUGGAAGAAUAACAUAUAAAACACGACAAGUUAACGUAAAGACGAGUCAUGAGCGGAGGGCAGCCUAGUUUCGGUAAUUUUUUCUGGCUUGCUCCAAAAAUAGCAUGCAUGUCUGAUGGGAACGUGGUCCUGCAAAUGUUAUUGUAUCACUGGACGAAGCAACGUGUGUUCACUGAGUGCCCUGCAGCGUUACAUAGAUAGACAUGAAGAAUAUGGAAGCUGAUAGGUGAAGCAACACUGUUUACCAUGGCAGUGAAGUAAAUGAUCAUGAUGUACGUCAGAGAGAUAGAUUUUUGAUACUUUUUCAUGUUGUGUAUGCAGUGCUGUGUCUUUGAAUACGUGUUUGCAGAAGUGUGUGCAUGUACAGACUUUUUUCUAUUGUCCUCCCUUGAAGUCUUAAGUUGUACAGCCUUUAAAAAGUUUAUAAUGUUAAAAUAGAUAAGAAAAAAUCAAGAUUAGUCCAUCCAUUGGCCUGAAUAAAUUAUGACGAUUAGCGUGAGAGGUGAGGUCUUGCCAGCUGGGGAAGGAAGGAGGCCAGGUUAUAACGAGUGACCAAAAUAUAGGAGAAAUGUGACCUGACCCUCCCAAAUAUCUCUGCCUCCCCUAAUGGCAACACCGUACCCAAGCGCAAUUUCUUUUUGUUAUUAUGAUUAUUUUAAGGCUGCCGAAAUGCGAAAUUAUAUCAGAUUUAUAGAUAUUUUAUUUUGUAAGCAUAACCAAUAAAAUGCUGUAAAAAAUAA